GAAACUGUUGAUGGUCGUCCCAAAAUAGUAGAUCUGCUAGAUACAACAGGUAGUGGGGAUGUUGAUACAUCUACAGUGGUGGAAGUCAAAGAUGGACAUAUCACAGCACUCUCAGGGAGAAAACUUAAAAUUCCAGCUGAAUGGCAGAACCCAAGUGGCAAAUAUCACAUAGGAAUGAAAAAUAUCUAUGAAUUGUUUCCAAAAAUUCUUAAAGAGCGAAUUCAAAAAGAACGCAAGGAAAAGCUGUGGGACCCUCAUCAUAGAAUUGCGACAUCAGGAGCCAAUAGAAAACUUAAUGAAUUUGAAUCAUCUAAUAGUAAUACUUCACACUUGGAUAUUAAACUUAAGAAAGAAGACCUUCAAGUUCAAGUUGAACUGCUUAAUAAUUUAGAGAAGAAGUAUUCUGAUCCUGGUCCAGUUUAUGAUUGUUUAGUUUGGAAUGAUGGCGUAACUUACAGGGCUGUUGUUGAUACCAGUGAAUCAGGUGAUUUAUCAUCAUCCACAGUUCUUACUAAUUAUCGUGAUUGUUUGCAAUUUGCAACAUUUAGUCAAACUGAUAUGUUGAAUUACUCUGUGAAUAUCUAUGAUGAAGGUAAUGUGCUCUGUAUAGUAACAAAUUCUGGAUCACAUGGUACCCACGUAGCUUGCAUCGCAGCAGCCAAUUUUCCUGAAGACCCUGAACGCAAUGGUGUUGCACCGGGUGCACAGGUUGUCAGUAUCAAAAUUGGUGAUUCUAGGUUGGGAUCUAUGGAGACUGGAAGUGCAUUGGUUAGAGCUAUGAUUGAAGUUAUCAACAAGAGAUGUGAUCUUGUUAAUUUCAGUUAUGGUGAAGCCUGUCAUUGGCCGAACACAGGGCGUGUUUGUGAUGUCAUCACUGAAGCUGUUGAUAAAUAUGGGGUAAUUUUUGUGUCAUCAGCAGGUAAUAAUGGCCCGGCUUUAUCCACUGUAGGAUGUCCUGGAGGCACUGUAUCCAGUGUUAUAGGUGUUGGUGCUUAUGUAUCUCCUGAAAUGAUGGCAGCAGAGUACUCUCUCAGGGAAAAACUACCAGGCACACAAUAUACAUGGUCAUCAAGAGGUCCUACUGUUGAUGGAGCUCUUGGUGUUAAUAUCAGUGCACCAGGUGGUGCCAUAACGUCUGUUCCUAAUUGGACACUUAGAGGGUCUCAACUAAUGAAUGGUACCUCUAUGUCUUCACCAAAUGCAUGUGGUGGAAUAGCACUUGUAUUAUCGGGUUUAAAGUGCAAUAGUAUACCCUAUACACCAUAUAGUAUACGACGGUGUCUAGAAAACACAGCAUAUAAAGUAGACACCAUUGAAACAUUUGCACAAGGACAUGGACUAAUACAGGUUGAUAAAGCUUUUGAAUAUUACAUGAAGUAUGCAGACUCACCAGAAAGAAAUGUUCGAUUCAGAGUAUUAUGGGAUAACAAUAGGGGUAUAUAUCUCAGAGAACAACCUCAUUUAUGUAAACCAAUGGAGUGCAAUGUAACAGUAGAACCAAUCUACCCAGAGUCAACAGAGUCAACAGAUAAGCAUGUGACAGUAACCAAUCUACCCAGGGUCAACAGGUUAGCAUGUGAUAGUAACCAAUAUCCCAGGGUCAACAGGUUAGCAUGUGACAGUAACCAAUCUACUCAGGGUCAGCAGGUGAAUGCCAAGAAAGUGCGGGGUAGAGAGGCUGGUAUGGGGUCCCUGGGCAAAAGGAAUCAGGGGCACAAACCUGAUACAUAUCCGUUCCGUUAUACCUUGACUCAAGGACCACACAAACAGUCAAAUUCCAAAUCUAGUGGCGGUAGUGGUGACAAAGACAAGGAAAAGAACAAGGAAGAUGAAUUCAAUGAUGCUUUAAGAGAUUUGCAGAUUAACUGGAUGGCAAAACUUGAAGAUGAAGAUUUGUAUAAUGCAUUACUGGAAAAACAUUCAAACCAUUUACCACUUCAUGUUGCAAGAUUGAACAGCAAAGAGUCAUCCAAG